AUGGAUCAAGAUAAUAAUGCUAGUGAAUCGGUUGAACAGAGCGAUGUCAAUGUUGGCAGUGAGUCGACAACAUCGUCACCAACAGCUGUUACAGAAUCGUCUGGAAUGAGCCAAGAGGAGAUAACUAGACAGAGAAUACAAAAGAGAAAAGAAGAAGCGAAACGUAUCAUCGAGGAGAGAAAGAAACGUGAGCAACAACAAGAACAACAGCAGCAAGAAGAUGACGAUGAUGAAGAAGAGGAAGUUGUAGUUAAAAAGAAGAAACAACAACAACAGCAACAAGAUGAUGGUGAAGAAGCAGAUAAAAACUAUUCUUCCAAGAAAUCAACUUUAAGUUUUAAUAAUCAACAGCAACAGCAACAAGAUGUAACACCAAAUGUAAGAGAAGAUAUGGUUAGAAGAGCUGUAUCUUUCCUUACCAAUCCAAAUGUUAAGAAUACUGCUUUGGCUAGAAAGGUUGCCUAUCUCGAAAAGAAAGGUCUGACGAGUGAGGAGAUCAAAGAAGCACUGAAGCGAAAUGAAGAGAUGCGUGCUGGUUCCACUACUACUGCUACAAGUGGUUCUGGCUCGGUUGCAACUACCAGACCAUCAUCCACAGGCAGACCAACUACAUCCACCUCCGGAAGAGUAACCAAUACACUCUCACCAUCCUCUUCCAUCAGCUCACCGAAUAACAACACUCAGCAACAACAACAACAACAGCAAUAUUAUCAACCACAACAACAACAACAACAAGUUCCACAACGUGAUUAUCAACUUACCAACUACCAAGACGAUAGAAGACUUCAACAGCAACAACAACAACUCUACGCAGCAAACAACCAGUUCUCAUGGGGAAAUGUGUUGAUGUCUGUUACCGCGUUGGUCGGUGUAGCUUCGGGACUUGCCUAUCUUACCUCCAACUACAUCAUGCCAUACUUUAGACACUCGAAUGUCGAUGAGAAGAAGGAGAAAAAGACAGAGAAGAAGAUUGCCGACCUACAAGAGCAGAUCAACCUGUUGCAACAAACAAUCACCUCGCAAGCAAAUGAUUUCAAGGACUUGCUGCAACCAAUGAAACAGUUGAUCGAGCAAAACAACUCGCAAAAGGCAAACAGCACCGCCGAAAUCAAUGAUAUCAAGAAGGAAAUCAAGAAUCUCUCUAGUCUCAUCAAUAGUCCACAGUACUCAAUCAACCCAUUGUCCUACUCAAAUUCCAGUCUAGAUGAAAAUGAUUUUAGAAUACCACCUACUUCAUUAACAACAUCAACUACAACAACCAAUAAUAAUAAUAAUAAUGUAUCGUCAUCAUCAUCAACAACAUCAACAACAACACCAUCGUCAUCAUCUUUGCAUAUUAAAGGAGGUCAGCAACUACAACAACAACAAGCAUCUAAACCAAGAGUUAAUAAGAUCGGAGGAGUACCACCACCUAUCAGCACUGCCAAUCCAUAUGCCAAUAUGUCGUGGAAACCAAAUAGCGAAACACCACCAGCCAUUCCAUCGUGGCAACAGAGAUCAUCACCCAAUCCCAUAGGAAUUCAAUCGCCAUCCUCUCCAUCAUCAUCUUCUCCAUCGACACCAAAUAAUAAUAAUACUACUACUACAACCACUACUACUACAGCCAGUAACAACAACAACAAUAGUAACUCUGGUUACAUAGACAGCUGGAGUGCAUCACCAAGCAAGAAAAAAGAUGAAAGAGGAUCAACACCAUCCAAUAUAAAUUCAUUUAACAGCGCCACCAAUAACACGGUUGCUCCAGCCGGUUUCGACGAUCCAUGGGAAGGUGGUGACCACGAGAUAUCAGCUGAAACACCCAUUACCACUACUACAACAACUACCACUACCACCCAAACUCCACCACCACAAGCUCAACCACAACAGACAAAGAAAGAUGAAACUCCAUACUCGUCGAAUUUCGUCGAUGUCAUCAAUCAAUUGAAACAAGGUAAAACUCCACCAGGUAUUAGAACUGAUAUCAACGAUUCCCCUACCAACGGUAAUGUCGAUAAAGGUGUAAAAGUGAGACCAUUAAAGCCAUGGGAGAAAGCUAACACUUCAUUCACUCAAAUGAGUCAACCACAGUUUGAAGAAAUGAUCACACCGAUUGUUCCAGAAGAUAGAUCUACCACGACCAUCGCAGACAACUCUCAACCACAACAACAACAACAACAACAAGAUACACAACAAAAAGAAUAA